CCCCCCCGCUCCCGCCCCGCCUGGGAUGCUCCGCGCAGACCCCCGCGCCCCGCGUUAAAUGAGCCCGGAGAGCGCGGAGAAGCAGCCCGAGGUCCGGCGGUGGGGAACGCUCUUGCUGCAGACGCCCAAGGAUCUCCACGCCAUGACUCUGGCUGCUUACAAAGAGAAGAUGAAGGAGCUGCCCCUCGUCUCCCUCUUUUGCUCCUGUUUCCUCUCGGACCCCCUGAACAAGCCGACGUACACGUAUGAAGCAGACACGGUAGACCUCACCUGGUGCGUCAUCUCCGACAUGGAAGUCAUCGAGCUCAACAAGCGGACCUCGGGGCAGUCCUUUGAGGUCAUCCUGAAGCCCCCAUCGUUCGAUGGCAUCCCCGAGUUCAACGCCUCCCUGCCCCGGCGCCGCGACCCAUCCCUGGAAGAGAUCCAGAAGAAGCUGGAGGCAGCGGAGGAGAGGAGGAAGUACCAAGAGGCUGAGCUGCUGAAGCAUCUGGCGGAGAAGCGGGAGCACGAGCGGGAGGUCAUCCAGAAGGCGAUCGAGGAGAACAACAACUUCAUCAAAAUGGCCAAAGAGAAGCUGGCACAGAAGAUGGAGUCCAACAAGGAGAACCGCGAGGCCCAUUUAGCAGCCAUGCUGGAGCGCUUGCAGGAGAAGGACAAACACGCGGAAGAAGUGAGGAAAAACAAGGAGCUCAAGGAAGAAGCCUCCAGGUAAAGAGGCGAUGGUUGGACUGACAGCUCCGGGGAGGUGGCGGAGGCUGCCGCAGCGCAAGGUCGGAUGGUGGAAGGGUGGACGUUCCUCUGCUUUCUUUGUUCGUGAAUGUAAAGAGUUGACCAGUGAAGCCAUCCUAUUCGUUUCGGGGAGGGUGGGGAGGGAGGAGAAAGAAGGGAGGGUGGGCGGGAGGGUGCCGGCUUUCGGAUGCCCACCUCCUUGGUGGGUCUCAUGAGCCGCCCGUCAACCAGGUCCAGAGGAGACAGCCAAGGGCUGGCGAAGCGGCAGAGGUGCCCCCCUGGGGAAAAGCCAGGGGGGACAGAGCGGGUGGGGAGGGAAGAAGUGGGGGGGAAUGUGCGUCGUGUGUGACUUUAAUUUGGUGCUGGGCAGGCAGGGCGGGCAGGUGGGCAUCCCUCCGGCUUCCUUCUUCUCCUCCAUCCCACCCCAUCAACGGGCAGCGGCAUCUCUUGGUGUCCCUCCCUCCCUUUUUCCUGCCUGGACUCAGGGCCUCUUGCCCAAACCAGGCGUUAUUUGCCCAUAGACCUUACAGAACCACUUUUGGGAAGGGGGAGAAGAGACAUCCCCCCCCAUUGGAGGUGGUUAGAGAGUGAGGCUCGCUUGCUCCAAAGCCUUUAUCCAGCUGCAGGAGACGCCGAUGAUCCUUUUCAAGGGUGAAGUUAAAAAGCCCCGUGACUUCCCAAAGAGCUGCUUUUUUUUUGUAAGAACCUCCUGAGAAUCAUCUUUGUGGGAACUCUUGGAUGAAAUCCUCUUUCCUGCUGUCGAGCAGCUGGAAAGCCCUCAGCUUUUAGAGGUGGUUAUUUGAAAAGGGAGA